GCGUGCAGGCGGGUUCGCUAAGCAUGCAAUCUUUGGUUGCUCCUGAAAUGAGCCCCAGCUUUCGGGACCCAGCUGCAGCCCUUGGCCGUGUGAUUGAUGGUGUGAUUGAAAGGGCGGUUGCCAACGAGGUCAGCCGCGCUGCACCCCCGGCCCCUGCUCUUCCGUGGGAGCGGGGUAUCUUCAGGUCGAUCUUUGGAAGUCAGGAGCCCUCUAAUCCUUUCGAUAGCCUCAUUCCGCGUGUUCCAGGGCCGUUGAAGCCUCCGCAUGAUCCCACUGUGAUUGCUGCCGAACCGAGGCCCCCUGUGCCAGUUCUUGAUAUUGCUUCUCAGGCUUUUGGAGCCUUCAAAGACUUGCACCCUUCACGUGAGCGGGAGCAAAUGAUGGAUAAGGCAGUUUGCAAGAUGCAUCACGUAGUGGGCCGCAUUGAGUCUUCUCGUCUGUCCCCCGAGUUGGGCAGAUCCUUUGAAGGCGAGAGGUGGGCAGACAAAGAAGAGCUGGAAACGCCAGUGGCCGAGGAGGCCGUGUGGAGUUACUUCAGCCUGUUGAAAAGAGAGGGGUCGCCUCCUUCGCGUGCUUCAGCUCUCCUGUCAGCUUUCCGCUUUGUGAAUUAUGUUUUGGGGGUGGACCUGAAGGACAUCUUGGGCAGUCGCAGAGUGUGCGGUUUGAGCGUUCAGCUAGGCAUCCGGAAAGCCCCGACCUCUCGCGCAAGGCCGCUUACUGUGCAGGAGGUCAGGUCCUUGCACAGCACUCUAGGAGACCCCAAGGAGAGCGAUUGGAAUAAGGCCAUAGCGGGUUACUUGUUGCUCGCGCUGUAUUCCCGAGCGCGCCACAGCGACCUGGCUCAGGUGGAGGAGGUGAUUUCGGAUUACGACCUUGAAGGAUCUGGAUAUUUGGAAAUCCGUUUGAGGGUUCAUAAGACCUCCCAAACUUUGGCGAAGCGUAACGACCUCCUCCCCAUCAUCGUGUCAGCCAAAGGGGUGAAUCAAGGUGACUGGCUGGGAGCUGUCGCAGCUGCUUUCAGCAAAGUGGGGCUGCCCUUCGAUGGGGUG